AUGACGUCCCCGUCCUCGAACGAGUCUACGCCGCUGCUGCACCAUCACCGAGACCGCAGCCAUGCCGACCCGCAUGCCGAACCGCAAGUGGGGCUCCGCUCCCGCCUCUGGAAUGCAUUCUCCUUGGCAGUCGUCGGGACGGGUCUUGCCUGGAUUGUGUUCCUGGCGCUCUCUCGCAACCGGCAGGCCGAGCUGCUGUUCCAAAUCCAUGUCUAUUCCAUGGCCCUGUCCUUUGUCGUUAUCACCAGCGCCAUCUCCUACUUUCAGCGUCUCUCGGCCGACGACCGCCUCGAGGGCAUCCGGCACCAUGGCCUACUGCAGACCCUGGGCGUACUCCUGAUGCUCUCUGGCUUUGCGGCCAUCGUCUGGAACAAGCUCAAGAAUGGCAAGGGCCACUUUGCCCAGGCCCAUUCGCAGCUCGGGCUGCUUGCCGUCGUCCUCUGCACCGCUGUCUUUGUCGUCGGCAUCGUAAGCCUCGCUCUGGGCCGUGGCGAAACCAGCGCUCGCACCGUCCGAGUCCUCAAGUCUGUCCACCGACUCGCCGGCUACCUCACCUUUGUUUCCGUGGCUGCCACCAUCGCCGCAGUCGUCUGGUCUGGCUGGGCUCGCCGGAAUCUGUCCGAGCUUGAGCAAUAUGGGUGGCUGGCGGCCUCGAUCGCCGUCGGCGGAGCAGUCGUCCUGCGGGCUGAAUGGGGCAGGCUGUUUGCCUCGCUGAUUCCCAACGACGACGACAACGAAGAUGAGCUGUGA